AUGGUGCAGUGUGCAGCUUUCAAUUGCACAGUUAAGUCUGGACAAGGGAAAAGUAUGUUUUUGUUCCCAAAAGACCCUAAACUAAAGAAAAUUUGGACUCUUAAAUUAAAGAGAGAUGGAUUUCAACCGACCCAAUACACAAAGCUCUGUGAACUUCACUUUGACGAGGGUCAAUUUACUGUACAUCCAGGCUUAGCUGCUUCUGUUGGCUUUCAACCGAAAUAUAAAAUUUUGAAACCUGGGGCAGUCCCAACAAUUUUUGAUUAUUCAAGCCCAGCUAGACCUUGUAAAAGACCGAGUGACGCAGAAUGUGAGGAUUUGUACUCGCCAACACCUGCUAAGACUCCCAGAAAAUCAUCAGCACUGGAGAAAAUUCGCAAGAAAAGGCGCUUAACGGGUAUUGAUAUGGUGUUACCCAGGGAAUGCCAACAGAGUAACUCUGGUACAUCACACAAUAUAGACCAGUGUCUACUAGUGCAGGAUAACGAUGCAGCAGCUGAUACAAUCGGGGAAAAGGAUGACUCUAACUGCUUUUCCAAACUGACCCAAACUACAUAUAGUUUAGUUAAGCGACGUCAUGUCAGGGUUCAAACUGAGACUACACCUGAUCCUGUUGUGAGACCAAUCCUGGUUUCUACUGGAACUCAGACGGAUGAGAGUAGAUUAGAUGAUGACUUAAACACCAGGUAUAUGUCCAUUGAUGAUAAUGAAUUGGAAGAUCCAGACUGGAUACCAGAUGAAAACAAUGAUCAGCUUGAUAAUACAGAACAAGAGAUAAGUCCAGCAAAAGAGAGAAAAUUUAUAGUAUUCGAAUCCUGCUUGGAAAGUUUGUUUGUAGUUUGUAACAACUGUGAAUCCACAUGCAAAGUCACCAAAAAUGUAGUUGGUUCUUACGUUCAGGUUACUAGCCUCUGUGAAAACUGCUGCCUAGUCAAAAAAUAG